GUGUGGCGGCCACAGAGAGGAUUUUUGCAGCCAGGGAGACACAGAGGAGCAACCAGCGGGGGAAUUUCAUGCUUCUAAAGGGCAGAUUUUCCUUCAACCUCCAGCCAGACCAUGGACUUCCAUAGAUGUAUGUGGUGCUAAUGUAGUGAAGUCCUGGAUUUAGCGGCCAUUGGGUGCGCCAUGCUUGCCUCUCUCACUUGUUCCUGUACUCUGUGAAUUGCUCAUGUCUAUGAAAAGGAAGCAUGGCACAUGGAAUUCCCUCCCAAGGAAAAGUCACUGUAACUGUGGACGAAUACAGUUCUAAUCCCACCCAGGCGUUCACACACUACAACAUAAACCAAAGCAGGUUCCAACCGCCGCAUGUUCACAUGGUAGACCCCAUCCCAUAUGACACUCCCAAACCAGCCGGUCACACGCGUUUUGUCUGUGUAUCCGACACCCACUCCAGGACAGAUGGCAUCCAGAUGCCGUAUGGGGACAUCCUUCUUCACACAGGCGAUUUCACCGAGCUGGGCCUGCCAUCUGAGGUUAAGAAGUUUAAUGACUGGCUGGGCACCUUACCCUACGAAUAUAAAAUAGUGAUUGCCGGGAAUCAUGAACUGACUUUUGAUAAAGAAUUCAUGGCUGACCUGGUGAAACAGGAUUACUACCGAUUCCCUUCCGUUUCCAAGUUGAAGCCUGAAGAUUUUGAUAAUGUGCAAACAAUGCUCACUAACAGUAUUUACCUGCAAGAUUCAGAAGUAACGGUGAAAGGGUUCCGAAUAUACGGUGCGCCAUGGACGCCUUGGUUUAAUGGAUGGGGAUUUAAUCUGCCGAGAGGUCAGUCUUUACUUGACAAGUGGAACCUCAUCCCAGAAGGCAUCGAUAUCCUAAUGACUCAUGGACCUCCACUUGGUUUUCGAGACUGGGUGCCAAAGGAGUUGCAGAGGGUGGGGUGCGUAGAGCUUCUCAACACAGUGCAGAGGCGGGUCAGGCCCAAGUUGCACGUGUUUGGUGGAAUCCAUGAAGGUUACGGGAUUAUGACCGACGGUUACACGACGUACGUCAAUGCCUCAACGUGUACAGUCAGCUUUCAGCCAAUCAAUCCACCAAUUAUUUUUGAUCUUCCCAACCCCCAAGUAUCAUGAAGAACCCCCGGUGCACAGAUGAAAACGGGAAGGUCUAGAGAAAAAAAAAAAAAAAAGCUGCCAUUUUUUUUAUUGUAAUAAUAAACGCACUGUUGUUGUUUGAAUUUUUUUUCAAAUGUAUGUAUUUUUUUUAAUUACCUGUAAAAAAAAAAAAUUUCUUUAAAAGGGAAAAAAAAAGAAAAAACAUUAAAAUGUUGUUAAAUAAUUUGCCAUUGUACAUACAGAAUGUCCCAGAGGGCGCAAGACAUUUAUUAAAUGCUGGAUAUGUCAUGGAAAUUUAAGUUAUAAGAUCAAAUUAAACAAAAAUCGGAAAAAAAAACUGGGAUUUGGGUAAUGACUGUAUAUGGGUAAUCUUCACUUGAUCAAGAUCUGCUCUUCCAUGCGGAUAGGGUUUCAAGUUAUACAUGGAAAUUGGUUCAUAUUUAUAUAGAUCAGAUAACAAUUGCGUAUUCUUUUCUUUUCAGCAGCCCUACACAAUCACAUCAUAUGAUGUUGCCAAUUCACAGGCUGAUAAAUUGGUUCUGAUACAGGUUUUCCUCUGGCCAGUAGUAGAAGUAGUAGAAGUACGACAUGAUCCAUUGAUGACCAAUUAGUCUGUAGAAAGAGGGGAUGGGUCCACCAGCUUUAGUUAUGGUAGAGGCUUGAUAAUGGGCAGCCAUGACCUCUGCUUAUUCUAUGGUCAACCACACUACACAGGCCACCAAGUUAUCCAAUCCUUAGCUCCAGGGCUGUACACGUGCAGAUUUCACCACUUUUGUCGGUAGACCAAAAUCGAGUGACAUAAGACUGCCAUACACAGGGAGAUCCGCUUGUUUGAGGAUGUCGCCAAAUGAGCGGAUCUCUAACCGAUAUGCCCACAUUGAAGUGGGCGAUAUCGGGCUGAUCCGAUCGUGGGCCCUAGGGACCAACGAUCGGAUAAGAAUGGAGGCCAUAUAGGCGGGGAUCGCGGGACUACAUCAAUGAACAGAUGCGGCCGUGAUCCAGCGGGAUUUUUUUACCCUGCCCUAUAGGCAUCCGGCCAACUUUCGGCCAGAUAUCGAUUGGGGAUGCCCGUCGGAUGGUCCCACAAAAGCUGUCGGCAGCUUUUAUCGGCCCGUGUAUGGGGGUCU